ACUCGACAAACCUUAUGAUGUCGUAUCAUAUAUGUCAAAUUCGAGCGCAAUGUGAAUUUUGCAUGAACCUGUAUAUAGCCCGGCUAAUCCCUAAUCUAUUGAUUGUAUAUUCGAAAAUUUCAUCAAAGUUACCGAUCUACAACAGUUUUGUCAAUGACACAGCGCGAAUAAUACACAGUACACUUGCAGUCCGUUGCAGUAAUUGUCAGAAGUGAAGUUACGUAGGAUUGUGUAUCACGCAAAUUGCGAGAAAAAUGGCAAGUUCGUCGCGACAUUACACAAACAAAAUCUGCUGUUAUGCACACCCAGAUGCUCCACUUAUAGAAGACUAUAGAGCUGGCGAUCAAAUUUGUUCAGAAUGUGGACUAGUUGUUGGAGACAGAGUAAUAGAUGUAGGUUCGGAAUGGAGAACCUUUAGCAAUGAGAAAUCAGGAGUGGACCCGUCGCGUGUCGGUGGACCGGAGAAUCCGUUACUAAAUGGCUCAGACUUGUCCACAAUGAUCGGGCCAGGAACCGGGGCCGCGUCUUUCGAUGGUUUCGGCACUGCUAAAUAUCAAAAUCGACGCACAAUGAGCAGUUCCGAUAGAGCUCUGGUGAACGCGUUCCGCGAGAUCAACGGUAUGGCGGAUCGUAUUAAUCUGCCGAAAACCAUCGUGGAUAGGGCCAACACGCUCUUCAAGCAAGUGCACGACGGCAAGAAUCUGAAAGGUCGCGCGAACGACGCGAUCGCGUCCGCCUGUCUGUACAUUGCCUGCAGACAAGAGGGAGUGCCGCGUACUUUCAAGGAAAUCUGUGCGGUCAGUAAGAUCAGCAAGAAGGAGAUCGGUCGAUGCUUCAAGCUAAUACUCAAGGCUCUUGAAACCAGCGUGGACCUCAUCACCACAAACGACUUCAUGUCCAGAUUUUGCUCCAAUCUCGGUCUACCGAAUAUGGUGCAAAGAGCUGCAACACAUAUCGCCAGGAAAGCAGUGGAGAUUGACAUUGUACCAGGCAGAUCGCCUAUUUCGGUCGCCGCUGCCGCAAUAUACAUGGCUUCCCAAGCAUCAGAAGAUAAGAGGUCGCAGAAGGAAAUCGGAGAUAUCGCCGGCGUCGCGGAUGUCACAAUUCGACAGUCGUAUAAAUUAAUGUAUCCGCACGCGUGCAAGCUCUUCCCCGAGGACUUCAAAUUUACUACGCCUAUUGAUCAGCUGCCGCAAAUGUAAAGUUUUCAGAAAACGUGCACGUUGCGAAUCUAUUUAAAAAGCGUGUUGAUCCUUUCCAAGGUUUUCGGAAAAUUAAUACAUUGUUCUCUUCCCUUUACUCUAUCAUCUUCAAAACAUAUCCGAUCUUAUUAAAGUAAUCGAGUUACUUAAUUGAAAUAUUUUACCCAUAGGAUACAUUCCCAAAUAUUGUAUGUGGUUAUUCGAAUUUAUAUUUUACUAAUAUAAGUAAAUUUCGUUAAUUUCUCUUGCAAAUAAUAAAUCAAUUUUUUAAGUUAAAUUUGUGCUCGUUGGAAAUAUUGUUAUUUAUAAAGGUGAAACAUAUGCAACAUUCAUAUUUUAUAUUCUGCUGUAUAAAAGCAAUUAUCUUACACAAUAUGAAUUUUUUUUUAUACAGAGUUCUCAGCUUUUCGUUAAUUUUACAUUCAUUCAAAAUUUGUAGCACUUUAGAGGAAAAAAGAUUCAUUUAGUAUUAUGAUUAAUAGUUACACUAAGUGAAUCUUUAACUAGAUUAUAAAACUAGUAUAUUAUAAAACUAUUUUUACAAUUGCAAAAAACUUUUAUCAAAUGGCCUUACAUUAAAACUCGAAACAUGUGUAAGAUGUACAUGUACUGAUGUGUACCACAUAUAUUAUAUAAUACAUAUAUUAUAUAAACAUGCAUAUAUUGUAUAUAUUAAUAUUUAUAUUAUUCUAUAUAUAUAUAUAUAUAUAUAUAUAUAUAUAUAUAUAUAAUAUUAUAUUAUAUUAUAUUAUAUUGCGGUUUAGGCAUAAGAGUAGAUAUUAUAUUAAACCUUUAUAAAGGAGAGUUGUAAAGCAGAUGUAUGUAGAAAGAUAAAAAGAUAGAUGUAUGUAAAAAGAUAGUGGAGAUGUGCUAAAUUUCUAUCUCUGUUUUCUGUAAUAUCUUAUUUUCUUCAGUAGUUAGUCUUAUAUAUGGCGCACUCGAAAUUCUUCUACAAACAUGUAAUAAAUCACAACAUAAUAUUGAGAAGUUGAUUGUAUAAUAAAAAUAUAAAAUUCA